CUCGCUUCAUGACCGACAUUAGUCACGUGACUCGUCAACGUCACGCCUUCGUACGCUUUUGGAUUCGGGCAGAAGACGAUGGCGGCCUCCUCAGGAGUUAAAGUCCCUCGUAAUUUUCGUUUGUUGGAAGAGCUGGAGGAAGGACAGAAGGGUGUCGGUGAUGGGACGGUGAGCUGGGGUCUGGAGGAUGACGAGGAUAUGACUCUCACACGGUGGACGGGCAUGAUCAUCGGACCUGCACGAACUAAUUACGAAAACAGAAUAUACAGCCUGAAAGUGGAGUGCGGACCCAAAUAUCCCGAAGUACCACCGAAUGUUAGAUUUGUAACAAAAAUUAGCAUGAACGGAAUAAAUAAUUCCAAUGGGAUGGUGGAUGCACGUAGCAUACCAAUUCUAGCAAAAUGGCAAAACUCAUAUAGCAUUAAAGUCGUUCUUCAAGAGCUAAGGCGUCUUAUGAUGUCCAAAGAGAAUAUGAAGCUUCCUCAACCACCGGAGGGACAGACAUACAGCAAUUAAUUGUAAAUGAUUGUUACGACCCUCUGUCUUAAACCUUACACUCUUAGAAAUGUCUUGUAAAUCAUCAGAAAAAGAAAACAAAUAUUGCUCACUCCACACUCGAUUGGACAUUUCUAAUAGUUCAGCUUGAGAAACAAAGGAAGGAAACGCUUAUAUUAUGUGGCACCAUGUUCAAUUCUGUUUUAAAGUUACGAGUGCACAAAUCUCUCUCUUCCAGUAACAUUUGCAUCGACCACGAGCUUUAUGAUGAUGAACUGAAUCCAGUCAGCAUAGACGCAAGAAAGAAGGCAUGCUAGGUGAGGUUUAUAUACAGAUCUGUUCAUUUUAAGUUAAAGUAACGGGACACCAAAAAAAUACAGAUAAAAUUAGGAUGCAUAAACAGCAUGCUUUAAAAAAAAAAUUGUAAGUUAAUUGAACCUUUUUUGUGUGUGUGUGUGUCUGAACCCCUCACUUAAGGUUCCUAAAAGUGUGCCUGUAGUCUAGUAGUGUCGCAAAAGGGGUGGGUGCGUUUCUGAACUUUCUCUUCCGUUUCGUUUUUAUUUUUAACGUCUGUAUUUGACACGAUCGCAGUGUUGUACACGGAUGCUCUGUUCUGUUCUGAAAUCAAACCGCGUGCAAGGAUCUGUCGGGUGCAUUAAAAUAUGACUCUCCAACCUGCUGUCAGACUCUGUUCGUAUAAGAGUCCAUCAAACGCCGCAGAAAUACGCUGAGAUGUUACUGUACGAAUAAAACAGCAAACCCUUGCCAUUCAGAGAGUGUCCGACUCACUGUUUUGCAUCGUUUGAAUGACACCGCCUUAUUUUUACAGUGAUAGAUUAAUUUUAUACAUCGAUCCUACCUGUAAACGCUCACAUUGAUCUCAUAUCACUGCAGUGUAACUGAACAUAAGUGUGCGUUGUGAACUGUGACAUUUAAAUCGCUCAUUACAUAAGUUUUUCGGAUGCGUUUGAACAUUUCCCACACUGUUGUACUGUGAAAGUGAGUUUGAGGUGGUGUGUUCAGUAGGAAUCACUGAUUGUGUCAAUGGUAAGGAUUUGCUGUACACUUGCCCUUUGCUUAACCACAGUGCUUUAUGCGACGGCAUGCUGUUAUGUAGCUUUCAUUACGCCACUGACUAGUACUUCAGUAAUUAUUACAUUAGAACCACUGUUAUAAUCCUUAGGUACUCUAACGAAGUUAAUCAUUGAAUUAAAUUGUAAUUCCAGUGAAUGGUGGGGGUUUGUUGUGCUGUUCUUCAUUUAUGCUUUCGGUUGGCUAUGACCUUUUUAUUGAAGUCUUCAUUAGCGAAAACUAAUAGGCAGUUAUUGUGCAAAUUAAUAUAUGUAGUGGCAGUUUUCUUAUGGUCUUGACAUUUUCAAAGCCACAGAUGAAUCACCCUGUAAUGCAUCUAAGAAACUUUUUUUUUUUUCUUUCUCUGCUCCCUGUUCAUUUUUUUCUUUCUUUUUUUUUUAAAGACAUGUAAUCAAGUUAAGUUGAAUUUGUGACACCGGGGCUAUGUUCAGAAUAAUAAAACAAACUGUGGAACACA